UUUUUUUCGUUUGAAUCAGGAAUGCAAGUCUAAGUAAUUAACUAUCAGUGUUUGUUCUUGGUUGUUUUUUCUUAGAUUCAAUUGGAAUGACUAAGAAAGCUGCUACUCCGAUGAGAAAUACAGGUAUAGAACCCGAAUGUGCGAUUCCUAAUUUUUCUUUGGGAAUUUCUCAACAUGAAACUGCCAUUGCAGGCUCUUAUGCUGAGAAUCGUUCAAAAAGAAUUAACGAUCCUAGGCGUUCUAAGGAAUAUGUUGAUUCGAAGAGUAAACAACAAGAAAAAUUGAAAAAUGUUUCUCAAAUGGAGAAACAAAAGAAGAGAAAGGCUGGUGACAAUGUUGUUAAUGUUAGGGGCAAAAAAAUUGCUAAAGCCAAACGUAAUGUGGAUGAGGAUGAUGAUGAAGAGGUAUCUAAAUUUUUGGUUACCAAGCACCCUGCUGUGGCACCAUCUAUGUGUAGAUACACGAAUGUUAAUGUAAUGCAAGAUAUUAGAGGCAAACUAACAGAUCCACAGAUGGAUAUGUUUAGGAAUUCUUGUUUUGGUAAAUAUCUUAGAAUGCAGCAAUUGGAUGUACAAGCACAAAUUUUUCGGUGCUUUAUGGUCAAAGAACUUAGGGGCAGUACAUAUAGGUGCUUUACAUUUGAAAUAAAUGGUAAAGUUCUGCGUUUUGGCCUUAGAGAAUUUGCACUGAUCACUGGGCUAGAUUGUGUAUCUGAUGAAAAUGAUUUUGUUUAUGAUAACUCAAAACUGAAUAGGCUUAUGGUUGAGUAUUUUGGUAGAAAUCAGGAGAACCAAUUGCCAGUUAAAAGACAUGAGCUUAUUGAGUGUUUCAACAAGACUGUCUGGGAUGAUAAAGGGGAUGACGCAGUCAAGAUGACAAUAUUGUAUUUCAUAAAUACGUGGGUACAUUGUGGUGAGCCGAACUCAACAAACAUACCAAGGAUCCAUUUUGAUGUUGUAGAGGACGGGAGAUAUAAUGAGUAUCCUUGGGGUAAAGAUUCGUUUAGAGAGUUGGUUGUAAGCAUCGGACAGAAAUAUGCUGGUUUUAAGAAAUAUUAUAGGAUUCAUGGUUUGCCGCUUGCUAUGCAAGUAUGGUUGUAUGAAUGUUGCUCAAAAGUCCCGUCCACCAUUGCAGUUAAGACGGGGAAUUUAAUUCCUAGAAUUUUGAACUGGCGGACUACGGAAGGAAAACCAGAAUUCAAGAGAUUGAUGGAUGGCAUGUUCAGAGACGAUAAAAAUCCGGUAAAACAGUCUUUUAACAGUUUUGUGUCUUUUACCAUUUAACUGU